GCGACGAGACGGCCACGCCUCUCUGUAUAAUAAAUUCCUUACAAACGAAACAAAAUAUCUGUAAAUGACUUUUGUCAUGGUUAUUUGCAUAUUCAUUAAAUAGUGAAGUAAAAAGUAUAUAAAAUCUAUUUAUAAAUAUGCAAAGCAUGUGUCUCUAGCUGAAGCACCAAACUGCACGCGACAUGACGUCAUCAGUCUAUCCUAAAUGCACAGCGUCAAACUGCGCCGAAACUUAGACCACGAUGGAGCUGGACGAGCUUGAUUUCUUAAUAAGUGAUUUAGACGAUAUAACUCUUUCACAAAUAUGUGAAGUUAUUGAAAAUGAGGAGUGUGCAUUAGAAGGAAUCAACGACAUGAGUAUCGGAGAUUUUGAUUUCGGAUUUCUUUUCGGAGAACAAGAAGAACUUUUAAAAACUGAGCCACCCCCAGAAAUCCCCGAACCAUCGGCAUCCCCAGAAACCGACGAACCACAGGGGAGGUUUGCAAGACCCAUAACCGAUAAGGAAAUCAAGCUUCUCACGGAAGAUCAGGAGUGUAAGAAUACCAAGUCUAACACGAGGUGGGCAUUUGGCGUUUGGAGAAAAUGGCGGGAGCAGAGAAAUAAACUUUCGUCAAAUACCGGUGAGUUUAUUCCAGAAUUUUCUGCAAUGGACGCUUCUUGUAUGGACUAUUGGUUGCAAAGAUUUGUCGUUGAAGUUCGCAAUCAAAAGGGGAAUGAAUACACGCCCAAAUCCUUAUAUUAUCUUAUGUGUGGUUUGCUGCGACAUUUGCGUGAUAUUGAAAUAUUUGGAAUGAACUUUCUUGACCAUAAUGACGAUAGAUUUGCGCGGACACGUAAAGUACUCGACGCCCGAAUGAAAAGCCUCGUAGCCCAGGGGAUAGGAACGACCGUGCGACAGGCCGACCCAAUACUGCCAGAACAAGAAGAUAUUCUGUGGGAAAAGGGUGUACUGGGGCAAAAUUCCGCCAUUUCCUUACAAAACACAGUUUUCUUCUAUGCCUGUAAAGUGUUUGGACUUCGCGGAUGUGAUGAGCAUCGUCAACUCAUGUGCGAACAGUUCAAACUUGGGUCUGAUGCGCAGGGGCAAUUCAUUCAGUUUGUGGGCAGACAGAACAAGACCUACCAGGGAGGAUUACGUCAAAUGCAGCUCAGCAAUAAAAACAUAAAGCAUUACUGUAAGCUGGGGGAUCGAAGUCUUUAUGAAAUUUUCGACUUGUAUCUGACAACACUGGGCAACGAUGGACUGUUCUACCGAAAGCCUUUACCUGGUCCCGAGAUCCGAUUUGGUACUCAAGCACUUGGAAUGAACAAGCUCAAGUCGAUGAUGAAGGAAAUGUGUGCGGCCGGUGGUUUAACAGGCAACUUUACAAACCACUCUGGUAAAAGAACCUGCGCAACUCAGAUGUAUUUGUCCGGAAUCGAUGAGCAAGAAAUAAUGGCGCGUACAGGUCAUCGUUCGGAGAAAGCUGUCCGAAAGUACAAGAGAUCGUCUGAUAAAAAUACUUGAAACAGUUAGUUCCGUACUGGAUCCGCCCGCACCAAAGAAGAUCAAAGUUGAACCACCGACUUGUUCUUUAAAUGCCGCUACAGCUGCUGAAGACGAACCCAUGGAAUUUGAUGUGAAAUGUUCUAAUAAUUCAAUUUCUCGUAGCACAAGAAACCCAGGAAACAGGAGUGUUCUCUCGGAAAUUACUGAAAAAGCUCUGUUUCAAAAUUGUCAAUUUUCUUUCAAUUUCAAUUGAAUUUGAAUAAUCCCUGUAUUA